AUGCGCGUACACUACCUCUUCGCUCUGGUGGUGGCCACCUACGCCGCCACCUGCAACAGCGUCGUCAACGCCGAAAAUGUCCCUCAGCUCAACGACGUUGUGGCCGCCGAGGCCGAUGUGGCCCAGUUUAUCGGCGACGCUCGCGAGCUGACAGCAUCGAAUGACUGGUGGGUCUCGGAUGAAAACGAAGAAGAGCGAGGAUUACCUGGAGCGAGUUUCUUCAGCAAGCUCCGAGGAAAAGCGAGCAAGGUUUCCCAGGCGAAGGGCGGGACGGAAAAGCUCAGCAACACGCAGGUGAAGGAGGUGACAGCGGCCACGGCGAACGCCAAGUUCCUCAAAAUUCUCUACGGCGCUACGCUUUCGGCACUGAUCAUUGUUGGCGUCACCGCGAUGCUCAAGUAG